AUGGCUGACAAAUCUCCCGAAUCGAAUAAAUCUCCAGAUGCAAAAACAACAGCGAAUUCCACUGCUGAACAGCAGCUUCAACGCGACAAGAGAAACUUACCUGAAAACGUAGAUCCAAGUCUCCAGACAAACAAGAACCAAGUCGACUUCGCCCCAGAAAAGGCCGACGUUAACUCCUUUAAAUUCUACCCAGACGACCCUGAGUCCACGCUAAACCGCUUCAGAUUCUCAGCAAAGGGCGCCUCAGAGUACUACGAUCCAUGCCAAGAAUCCUCCAAAAUGUCUUUCAAAUGCCUCGAACUGAACAAUUACGAUAGAGACCUGUGCCGUGACUACUUCGACGCAUACAGAGAGUGCAAAAAACAGUGGCUAAAGGCCAGAAGACAAAAUAGAGAAUUCUGGGAGUAA